UUUCAUUUAUCGUUCAAUUCAAUUCUGUGGAGUUGGCAUGUGCUGAAGCAUUCAGCUUUGAAUUCUAAUCGAACUUCAAACACCACUACUGAUUAUGUCCCCAGAAGGCAAAAAAGGAAGCUCUUGUUUCUCUAAUUACCAUUUGCUUUUUCUUUAUCCACAUAACAUUCAAAGUCAACACCUAACACCAUUACAGGUUUUCCAAAUUCCAGUUAAAACCAAAACAAAAGUGAAAACAAACUCCCAAUAACAUGUGUGUGUGUGCGCGUUCUUCAUGCAAGCAAUAAUACCAUUUGGAAUCUCUACAUGAUUUUACAUGGGAUGAGUGUAUAUAGUGUCCAAAGGUUGCAGAUAGACACUCUCGUCCCAAUGAAGAAACGUGGGAAAGAUAAUCAGGCCCAAUAAAUAAGGAUCUUUCUAACACGAUUGGCCCAAUAAUAAUAUUGAUCCAAGUCAAAGUGAAGCGGAAGAAAGUCCUACUCCUUAUACCGAACGAAUAGCGAAUUCCAAACGGAUCAUGAUUCAUGGCGGGCGCUUUCUAAAUGGAAAUUCUAGUGUCCAGUCCCAUUGUCCCAAGCAAGUGUCAAAAGCCCACCACCUCAACAGCGCCACUGGAGCUGACUUUGGUUUCAACUUUGAAUGCUCUACAAUGUUACGCUGAGCCUAAACCCCAUCGUCAUCCAUCAGAAAAGAAAAAAGGAAAGGAAAAGAAAAUCGGACAGACAGGAGAAGAAGAAGAAGAAGAAGAAAACACAAACUGACACCCUCACACACCCACACCCACACCCACACCCACACAGACAGAGUGGUGAGUUGAGUUUAACAAAUCUCCGGUGUCAUUGGACCCACCGGCGAAGAAAAUGAUGCCGCCGGAGCUCCAAUCGCGCUCCUUCCGGCCCUACAUCUCGGCCUCCGUCAGCGCCCCCUCUUUCACGUCCUUCAACAAUGGCUCCCCCUACUCCUCCGACGCCAGUCUAAGCCCUAACCCUAGCUUAGACGGCCAGCACCACCACCACGACCCCGGUGCUUCCUCCUCCUCCUCUAGAUCUCUCAAGAAUUCUCGCUUCGCUCCGGCGUCUUUCGCUCACAACACCAGGAUCGCCAUCGCUCUCGCUCCCUGCGCCGCCUUCCUCCUCGACCUGGGCGGCACGCCGGUGAUCGCCACUCUCACCCUGGGCCUCAUGAUCUCCUACAUCGUCGAUUCCCUCAACUUCAAGUCCGGUGCCUUCUUCGGCGUCUGGCUUUCCCUGCUCUUCGCUCAGAUCGCUUUCUUCUUCAGUUCCUCUAUCUUCGUCACCUUCCAUUCCAUUCCUCUGGCCACUCUUGCUUCUUUCCUCUGCGCCGAGACCAACUUCUUAAUAGGAGUCUGGGCCUCCCUUCAGUUCAAGUGGAUUCAAAUCGAGAACCCUUCAAUUGUUCUUGCCCUUGAGCGCCUUCUCUUCGCCAGCGUUCCCUUGGCCGCCUCCGCAAUCUUCACUUGGGCUACAAUCGCAGCCCUCGGCAUUAACCAUGCAUCCUACUAUCUCAUGGCCUUCAGCUGCCUCUUCUAUUGGCUUUACUCCAUUCCUCGCGUUUCCUCCUUCAAAACCAAGCACGAAGCCAAGUACCACGGCGGCCAGGUUCCAGAUGAUAGUUUCAUACUUGGCCCUCUCGAGAGCUGUUUUCACACCCUCUAUUUGCUUUUCUUUCCUCUUCUCUUCCACAUUGCCUCUCACCACAACGUCAUUUUCUCUUCCGCCGCUUCUUUUUCUGAUAUUUUUCUUCUCUUCUUCGUUCCCUUCCUGUUCCAACUGUAUGCGUCCACCAGGGGUGGGCUUUGGUGGGUCACCAAGAAUGCCCACCACCUGCAUAGCAUUCGUGUGGUUAACGGUGCUGUUGCUUUGGUUGUCGUCGUAAUUUGCUUGGAGAUUAGAGUUGUUUUCCAUUCAUUUGGGCGAUACAUUCAGGUACCGCCACCGCUGAAUUACCUUCUCGUGACGACUACAAUGCUUGGAGGAGCAGCUGCGGCUGGUGCGUAUGCGUUGGGUAUGAUUUCUGAUGCAUUCAGCUCCAUGGCUUUCACCGCGUUAGCUGUAGUAGCUAGUGCUGCUGGAGCUAUCGUUGUGGGCUUUCCGAUAAUGUUCCUUCCACUGCCUUCAGUUGCUGGCUUCUACCUGGCUCGUUUUUUUACAAAGAAGUGUCUGCUGUCAUAUUUUGCCUCUGUUGUGCUUGGGAGCUUGAUGGUUAUGUGGUUUAUAAUGCAUAAUUUCUGGGAUCUAAAUAUUUGGAUGGCAGGCAUGCCUCUUAAAUCCUUCUGUAAACUCAUAGUUGUAAAUUUUGUCUUGGCAAUGGCUGUACCUGGUCUAGCACUUCUACCUUCGAAACUUCAAUUUUUGGCCGAGAUUGGUUUGAUCAGCCAUGCAUUGCUACUUUGCCACAUUGAGAAUAGGUUUUUUAAUUAUUCUGGCAUAUACUAUUAUGGCUUUGAGGAUGAUGUGAUGUAUCCAAGCUACAUGGUUAUCUUGACUACAUUUGUGGGUGUGGCCCUCACAAGAAGACUAUCUGUGGAUCAUCGAAUUGGCCCAAAGGCAGUUUGGAUCUUGACAUGCCUGUAUUCUUCCAAGCUUGCUAUGUUGUUUAUUUCAUCAAAAUCUGUUGUAUGGGUCUCGGCUGUCCUCUUGUUGGCUGUUUCUCCUCCACUGCUUCUUUACAAGGAUAAGUCAAGAACUGCCUCAAAGAUGAAAGUUUGGCAAGGUUAUGUACAUGCUGCGGUGGUUGCAUUGUCUGUGUGGUUUUGUCGUGAAACAAUCUUUGAAGCCCUUCAAUGGUGGAAUGGGAGACCUCCAUCUGACGGUUUGCUAUUGGGUUUCUGUAUUGUCUUGACUGGUUUGGCUUGUGCACCAAUAGUUGCGCUCCACUUUUCCCAUUCUCUGACUGCUAAGAGAUGCCUAGUGCUGAUAGUUGCAACAGGUCUGCUCUUUAUCCUGAUGGAACCACCUAUUCCGUUGACGUGGACUUACCGAUCUGAUCUGAUUAAAGCUGCCCGGCAAUCUACCGAUGAUAUCUCCAUCUAUGGCUUUGUGGCACCAAAGCCUACAUGGCCAUCAUGGUUGCUUAUUGUUGCUAUCAUGCUUACUCUGGCAGCUGUUACAUCCAUCAUACCCAUUAAAUACAUGGUUGAGUUGAGAGUAUUUUACUCAAUAGCUAUGGGUAUUGCUUUAGGAGUCUACAUUUCUGCUGAGUACUUCCUUCAGGCAGCGGUCCUGCAGGCCCUCAUAGUUGUAACCAUGGUUAGUGCCUCAGUGUUUGUAGUCUUCACUCAUUUUCCUUCUGCCUCAAGUACCAAGCUCCUACCAUGGGUUUUUGCUUUACUUGUGGCUCUUUUCCCUGUAACGUAUCUUCUAGAAGGCCAAGUGAGAAUUAAAAGCAUCCUUGGAGAUAGUGGAGUUGGAGACAUGGGAGAAGAAGAGAAGAAGCUCACUACUCUACUGGCUGUUGAGGGUGCAAGGACAUCUCUUCUUGGUCUGUAUGCUGCUAUCUUUAUGCUUAUAGCCUUGGAGAUAAAAUUUGAACUUGCAUCACUAGUACGGGAAAAGGCUUUGGAUAGGGGUGGAAUUAGACAUAGUCAAUAUGGUCAAAGCACGUCUGCUAGUUUUCCUCCAAGAAUGAGAUUCAUGCAACAACGGCGGGCCUCUUCUGUGUCAACCUUUACAAUUAAGAGGAUGACUGCUGAGGGAGCCUGGAUGCCAGCAGUGGGUAACGUUGCUACUGUAAUGUGCUUUGCUAUAUGCCUAAUCUUGAAUGUUAAUCUCACAGGUGGCUCAAACCGUGCAAUAUUCUUCCUGGCACCUAUCUUGCUUCUUCUCAACCAGGACUCUGAUUUUGUUGCUGGAUUUGGGGACAAACAGAGGUAUUUUCCUGUCACAGUAGUCAUAUCAGCCUACUUAGUACUGACAGCCUUGUACAGCAUAUGGGAAGAUGUGUGGCAUGGGAAUGCAGGAUGGGGCUUGGACAUUGGGGGGCCAGAUUGGUUCUUUGCUGUAAAGAAUUUGGCCCUCCUCAUUCUCACGUUCCCCAGCCAUAUCCUUUUCAAUAGGUUUGUGUGGAGUUACUCUAAGCAGACAGACUCUACACCAUUGAUAACCAUGCCCCUUAAUCUGCCGUCUGCCAUCAUAACAGAUGUGCUUAAGGUUAGGAUACUGGGGCUCUUAGGAAUUAUUUAUUCCCUGGCCCAGUAUCUAAUCUCUAGACAGCAGUACCUUUCAGGAUUAAAGUAUAUUUAGAUAAAAACACAUACUCUGUACAAUAUGUUUUGGGCAAUUUUCAAGUGAGGUGAAAGUUCAGGUUUGUUCUCACAUUUUCGGUUCUUAUCUUUUUCUUUGGUGUUGUGCAUGCGCCAAAAAUUCUUGAACCAUACACUACCCUUUGAUUUAAUAUGGCAAAGACAUGAUGACAACAAAACUUUCAAAUAUAUGAAUUAAAAUUUGAAGCCAUUUGAAUUGAUGGGUUUUGUUGGUUUCAUAUGCGUGAUCUGCCACUUGAUUGAGCGUCUUUUUCUUAGACGGUGCAGUAAUUGGAUGCCUUGCAUAAGGUAGAGUUUAUCAUCAUCUGUUAAUAUGUAGAAAGGUUUGCCCCAAGUACCAUAUCUGGAAUAACAUGGAUGUUGAUUAUGAGUACUUUGGCUGGAAGAUUUUAAAUAUAGUUAUGAAAUGUUGUAUAUGUACUCUCUUAUGCUGAGAUCCGUUGUUGUAGUUUGUAUUUAAUUUGCAUCUAUUAAAGGAAAGAAAGUAGUUAACGACAGGAUUGAAUCA